AGCGGGCCGGGGGCCGGGCGAGGCGCGGCGGUGCGGUGCGAGUGGCGGUCCCCGGGGGCCCCGAAGCUGAGCCCCCCGCUGCGGGUCCUCCGGGCGCCCGUGGGCCGCCGCGGCGCCCGGCUCGGGCCUGCGGGCUGCAGCCGGCGGGCUGGCGGCGCGGCCUAGGCCGGUGCCCCGUGUUGCUCUCCCGGCGCGCAGGGAGGAGCUGGGAAACCGGAGAAGAUGAGCGACGCCGCGCUGCUUCCAGGAGGUGAUCGGGAGCGCCCCGAAGACUGAUGCAGAAAAUCAAUAAGAACGCGGUCCUGGCGCUCCUUUCUCUGACCAGCCUGGUUUUUCUCCUCUUCCAGUUGUACUAUUACAAGUUCUACCUGUCCCAGAAGAAUGGAGCAGUUUUUUCCAAAGUCAGAGGAAGCCAGUCAGGCCAAGACAGCACUAGAUGGCAUGUGGUUAGGAAGUUCCUAGGCUUACUAUCCAGUCACAAUAUACCAGUGUAUCUGAUUGAUCCUUUGAUUCUGGGACUGGUUGAUAAAGACUUUGAACAGAUCAGAAGUUCUCCUGACAGCCCUAGUCCAGAAUGCAGGUACUUUUGUGCUCCAAGAGACUUUACUACGUUUGCACUGCUGGACAAAACAUGGAAACAUGAAGUGGGCCUUUUUAGAACUGCUGAGAAAAUGGGGUUCCAAUGGCUAAAGAUUAUAAACAAGGACCCCCGCUUGGAUGGGAUGGAUGACCUGUCUGGGAUUGAAAUUCCCUUGCACUACAUAUUUAAACUGGCAUCUCAUGCCAUUCACCUGGUGGUCUUCUAUGAGAGGAGUGGUAACUAUCUCUGGCAUGGCCCCCUGAGACUCAAGCAACAUAUGGACAGAAAGUUUGUGCCUUUUCGGAAACUCCACUUUGGUCGCUACCCUGGAGCAUAUGAAAAGCCAGAACUUCUGCUUGUUUCCAUUGAUGACUUAAAAGUUCAAAUUCCAAAAAACCCGUCCAGUUUUCUAGAGGAGAUGUCACACUCUAGAUUUCUUGAAUGUAGGUACAGAGAAGCUCGGGCUUUCUUUCAGCUGUAUCCUGAUGAUGCCUCUCUUGAUGCAGUGGAGUUCAGAAAAAAAGCAAAAUCCUUGCUCCAUCUGGCUGCUCUGACACUGAAUAACUUAGGAGUAAAGUUCUGGCUGAGCAGUGGAACAUGCCUUGGCUGGUAUAGACAGUGCAAUGUCAUUCCUCACAGCAAAGAUGUGGAUUUGGGAGUCUUUAUAAGGGACUACAAAGCAGAUAUCAUUCCAGCCUUUCAGAAAGCAGGAUUACCACUGAAGCACAAAUUUGGCAAGGUAGAAGACAGCUUGGAACUCUCUUUCCAGGGAGAAGAUGAUGUGAAACUUGAUAUUUUCUUCUUCUAUGAAGAGGAUGACCACAUAUGGAAUGGAGGAACUCAGGCCAAAUCGGGCAAGAAAUUUAAUAGCUGUUUCCAUGUCAGUGGAGUUGAUGUGGUCUUUUAAAAUUCCAUUGUAGCAUCAGACCUUGGGUACUUGAGAGCUGUCUUUCCCACUUUGAUAUGACUGGUCCAAUGCAUGAGAAUAGAAGGUAGAUGUCAACCUGUGCUAUGCUCCAGCUCUUGCAUCCUAGGAUAUUACAGCUCUUUUGGAACUGCAUCUUUCAUAAACACUAUCCUUUUCUUGUAGCCUCGUACUUACUUUUGGUGGUAAUUAUUUUCAGAGUUUACCAGCAUGGCUUUCUAGUUCAAUGAGAAAUAAUUUGCGUAGACAUAGUAGCAUAAGGAAGCCUCUAAUUCUGAACUGGUGUUUCUUAGGCAUAGUUUACUGUACUUAAUCCAUACAGAAAAGGACCAAGAAAACUGCUUGUUUACCAUUAUAAAGGCCCCGAGCCCUGACGCAACGUGGCUGUUCAGAAUGGUUAGCCAAAUAAUUCCAGAUAUGUAUUAUUCCAAAUACCUUCUCAGAAAGAGAAAAAAGAUCACAGCUUUUUAGCUGUGAGAUAUGAUGAUUUAGCAUGCUUGAUCUGAAUGCUUGCAACGCCAGAAUGACCCUCAAUUUUGCUUAGUCUUCAGCCCUUUCAAAAUUUUGGGGGAAGGUAAAUUGAGGAGGUUAGUCUAAAGAGAAGUGAUUGUUUGAUCAUACUGAAUCCUAAACCCACUUAAACAAAUUUAAAUGAAUCUCAACAGCUGUUUAUGUGGUAUCAAAAGAGAUACUGGUUGCUACUAGAUCAUCACAAUUAAGUGUGGGAAUUCUAUUCCAAGAUAUUUUAUGUUUUUAAAAAUGAAGGGUAAAAGACAUUUUUUUCAGUAAGCUAAAUAUUUGCAUAGGUAUACUUUCUAUACUUCUUGCCAAAUAAAAAUAUGAAGAGAGAAAGUAUUUCUCAUUUAGUCUCUGAAAUAUUUUUCAUUAGUAAUUUUUAGUCUCUGUUUACUCGGAGAGCUGGUUUUUAAACCUUACAAGUCUGGCUGUAUGAUUUGUAUUUUCAUGUACACAAAUACUUCUUCAACAUUGCAGACAUAAGCAAGCAUGUACAUCCUCCAUGUCUUGUCUUGGAGUUACAGCAAAUGAGACCUCCUAUCUGUUUACAAAAUUAGUGCUAGCCAGUUGCAUUCUUCAGCAGAGAAUAAGUAUUUAAAAAAACUGAAUCUGGGAAUCAAAUCUAUACUGUAUGCUUUAAUCCUUAAAAUGAGUUAAUUCUGUAGGUUCUUAACAUAGAGGACUUUGUGUAAGUAUAAAAUCUUUUCAGUACUUCUAUGUCAAAAGAUUCAUGAGAAUGAAGUUGGAAGAAAAAACGGUGAGCAGUGUAUAUGUACAAGAGUACAUAGCCUUAUCCCAGCCACUUGGAAUGAGCAAACAAUGAGCAAGGAUUCCAGAAGUGUGAAGCACCACUGAAAGCUACAUUUUUCAUCAGUGAAUGUAAACAUUUGAUUUUAAUAAUAGUUAAAUAAUUAUUUUGGUGAAGUUUCCAACUGACUUUUUAAUUUGCAGAUUAGUUUAUUUAAAUUACCUGUUUGUUCUCCUUAGAAUUAUUAUUCAGAGUUCACUCUCUGGAGGAUGUAUUGUUUCAGUGGUUUGCUGAUAGCUUUUGCAUAUGCACGCCCACUGCAAUUCUGAUAGGUGAAUGAUUUCCUGGGUUAAUAACAGCUACAUAGCUAUUUGAUCAUUAUAGAUCCACUAAUAAGGUUUGUUUAUCUUGUUUUCCCCUUGGUAGCUGACUUUUUUUGCUUUUUGGUUUAGUGUAGAGCUAAUCAGUAGUCUCUAGAUAUAUAUAUACAAAAGUGCUUGAUCACAUUUUUCUCUCCCUCCAUUUAAAGCAUAAAAGCAAGUUUGUUUUAUUUUCUGAUACUGUUUGUGCAGUGCUUAGAAAUAAAAUUAAGUUUAUGCCUAAGUUUAUGUGGGGUUUCUAAUUCAUGCAAAUGCACAAAUCUUUUAACUUUCUUUUUCAAAAGGUCUAAGUGCUUAUGGUUUCAUUUUAACCUGUGAAAAGGAAUUUUAAGAUCACUUUUUUUCUGUGGAAGACUUCACAGCUUCAGAAGUGGAGGUGAUCCUCUGCAGGAAUAGUACACAGGCUUUGGUAUUUACUUGUUUAACUCAUUGACUCUGUCACUGUGCUUUUAUAGGAUGUCAUUCUGAUCAAACUGUGAAAUUUACCUGUGAACUUCCACUGGUAUAAGUGUACUUAUAGGUAGGGCUUAUGUUGGCCCUUCUACAAAAAAUGAUAGGUACAGAACAAGGUCCAUUUGGUAGAAUAAAUUAUUUUUAAAAUUUGAGUGGGAUGAGAAGGUUUCAGAAAGUACAGGGUGGCAGCUGUAUCUUAAUUCUUUGCAGCUGCUCCAAGUCUGGCACCGUGUUUAAACAUGGGUACUGAAAGGGAAUUGCAUGCUUUGUUUAGUAAGAUUGAAGAAAGGUAAAAACUUGUUUUUAAAAAAAGGCCUGACUCAUAAUAAAAUAUUUAAUGCUGCUUUUAUCAAAAUCUUUGCUACCAAAUAACAUGUAUCAUCCUCUUGACACCCUUCUAGAUGAGUUGACUGUUCAAUCCAGUUUGUAAGUGGAAAAGUAAGGACAGAGACUAAGUGAUUUCCUACAGGUCGCAGAAUGAUAUGGGAAUAAGCAGCAGAAGAAUUAGAAAUGCUCCUUCCUAAGAACAUGUGGCAAAUAUUAACCAGUUACUGUUGAUAAUAACACCCCUGUCCAGUAUGUAAAUAAUAUUUUAUAGAUAGGAAGUUAUGAAAUAAGAAAAAAAAUAUUAUAAAUGUAACAUGGCCACUUGCUGCAGUUGAUUGCUUUCUCCAUGAACUUAUUUAGAGAUGUAUUUCAGUCUUCUGCCAGUGACCAUGUUCUUUUGUUAUG